AUGGGAAAUUCCAAAUCUAAAUAGAUCACUAAACACGCAAAGGUUGCUUUCACACCUGAAUAGCUGUAAUAAUUAGAAAAGUUGUUUGCAGGACUAAAUGGAGGCAAAGAUCUUGUGGAAAGAUCUUUUCUACCUCGCUUCCCUGAAAAUCCAGACUUUUCGAUCAAGUUGUUCAAUUGGAUGGUCGAAAGAAGUCCAAAUCACUCAGUUGAUUAUGCUAACUUUGUUGCAUUAUUGGAGUUGCUACUUAAGGAAUUGAAGGAUUACUAUCUAAGUGACUAUAAGUUUAGAAAUUUAGAAAAGUUUGAAUUGUUUGCCUUGAUCAGUUUGGGAUGUUUGGAAAAUGAUAAGGAUUCCAUUAACAGAUUUGCUGUAUCAUACUCUCAAGGGAGCAUUGUUAUAAGGGAAUUAUUGAAUAUCUAUUCUGGAGGUUAAAUAACUAAUUCAUAGAGAAAUGAUUUGGCUGCCAGAUCAGUUACAAAUACUAUAUUUGAUCAAAAAGAUGAAAUGCCCUUCAAUCAGUUUGUAAGUAUGGCCAAAGCUUAGUUGAUCUAUGCUAACAGACUGUGCAAAUAUUAUUUUAAUAUGAAAUUUUUGGGAGAACAAUCUCAAAUUCAAAUACCAAGAUUGAACACCUCCAGUUUCAUCUUGAAUGAUUAAGUGUUAGCCUUACUUUAAUUGAGUUCUCCUGAUUUCAGUAAAAUCAAAUAAUUAUAAUUACAAUUUUCAUCAUCUGUAAGUGAGGAUGAUUUGGAUCACAUUGCAGACAUCGUAAUAAAUGCUUAGAAACCAUUAUUAUUCAUAUUCAGAAAUAGAGAAGAUGAAUCAUAAAAUGACACUUUCCAACAACAAGUCUUUGGAGCUUAUAUUUCAAUUGAUCCAUCACUUGAAACUCAUCAUAUUAGGAGAAAAUUGAAGGAUCCCAUGAAUAUCCUCUAUGGUGAUAGCGAUCCUAAGAGCUUGUAUUUUGGUGAUGAAAAGAGCUUCCUCUUCUCACUGCUUCCAAAGUAUCAGCUAUUUAUGAGUACUUUUGAUCAAAGGUCAAAAUAAUGUUUUGCUUAUAUAAACAAUAAAUCAUUUAGGAAUGAUCAACCAUUGGGAUUAGCAUUUGGAGGAGAUGGAAAAGGAAACCAUAGAAUUUGGUUAGAUGAAAACCUUAAGGGUAAUGCUACUUGUAGAAUUAACAACUAAUGUGACCUCACUUAUGAGAUGGGCUAUCUAUUAGAACCACAUAUUGAAUUCUUAAAUUUAACAUGCAUUGAAAUCUGGAGUGUUGAGGAGAAAGAAACAAAUCCAAUUCUACAGAGCAAGAUAAUUGAAACUGGGAAGGAAGAUAUACAACCAAAGGAAGCCGAACAAUAGAAAUGA